UAAAACGAAGUAUAACUUUUGUGGAGCUGUGUGUUCCAAAUCGAGAGAGACGAAGAUGGAAGGGAUAGAUCACAAGAUGAUAAGCGUCAAUGGCAUCAACAUGCAUGUUGCAGAGAUGGGUGAAGGCCCUGUUGUACUACUGAUCCACGGUUUCCCCCAGCUCUGGUACGCUUGGCGUCACCAAAUCGUCUACCUCGCCGCCCAGGGCUACCGUGCCGUCGCCCCUGACCUUCGUGGCUACGGAGACACCACCGGUGUACCUGUCGACGAUCCUUCCAAGUUCACUAGCCUGCACGUGGUUGGGGAUCUUGUUGCACUCAUUGACGCCUUGGGUGCAGAUAAGGUGUUUGUUGUUGGGCAUGACUGGGGGGCAAUGAUUGCUUGGAGCAUGUGUUUGUUUAGACCAGAUAAAGUUAAAGCUUUGGUCAAUUUGAGCAUUCAGUUUGCUCCAAGAAAUCCUCGAGGGACGUCCGUAGACAUCUUUCGUGCUGCAUAUGGAGAUGAUCACUACGUUUGCAAAUUUCAGGAAGCAGGAGAAAUUGAAGCUGUGUUUGAGAGUCUUGGAACUGAGAAGGUUCUAAAGAAGUUCUUGACACACCGUGAUACAAGUCCUUUUUUUUUCCCUAAAGAUAAGCCCUUUGGAGCUGCACAUGAUGAUGAUACUCCAGUCAUCUUGCCAUCUUGGUUAUCCCAAGAAGAUGUUGAUUAUUACACCAAAAAGUUUGAGCAAACUGGCUUCACCGGAGCCUUAAAUUACUACCGUUGUUUUGGCCGAAACUGGGAACUGGAAGCACCUUGGACCGGGGCUAAAAUAAAUGUACCGGUGAAGUUCAUUGUUGGCGACUUAGAUCUUGUGUAUAACAUGCCUGGCAUCAAGGAAUACAUACACAAGGGUGGAUUUCAGUAUUUUGUACCUCUGCUGGAGGAUGUUGUUGUAAUCGAAGGCGCAGCUCACUUCAUCAUUGAAGAAAUCCCCGACAAGAUCAACACACACAUUCACGACUUUCUCAAGAAGUUCUAAGAGCAUCCGCAUCAGCUUACAGAUCCAUGACUCUGCCACAUCAACUUUCAUCUGCUUUCCUACUAGUGAUUCCAAGAUGUCAUUCGAAGAUGCGGCCUUCGAGGUUCAUAAAUAAUUGAAGGAAACAUUAGUUUCAUCAUCAUUUUGAUUUUGCAAGGGAAUAAGAAAUCAUCUCCAUAACAUAUAUGUGUACUCUGUCCCAUGUAUUUGUGUAGCUAAUGUUGUUCAACUUUCUGUAACUGGUCUGUGAAGGACCAUUGUAGGCUCGGUUUUGGUUUCAGUUUGAAAUGAGUUUUGAGUUCGAUUACUUCCACUAA